UCCAAACGAGCCCUUAAUCACAAACAAACUACUAUCAGCUUUUCUUUAUUAAUUUAUUUUAACUUUACUUGACCACCAUUUUUCACAUAACUAAGAAGUACUUAUAGUAAUAAUUACUUGUACAAAAAAAGAAAAAAAAUUAUUAUUAGUAUAUAAGAAAGAAAGAUAGAAAGCGUUGGUAUGAUUGCUCUAAAAAAUCCGUUUCGGCUUUUGCUUCAUAUUAUUCGGAGAGAGAGAAACAGAGAUAGCAAAGAGGGAAAGAGAGAGGACCUUAUCUUAGGGGGUGCCUGCAAAAGAAAUCCAGCCCAAAAAUACCACACCCAACAGAAAUCUUCUGAAAAAGAAAAAGAAAUUCUUCUCCUACCCCCUCCUUUUUACCUCACUGUUUAUUAGCACUGCAAAGUGAGAGCAGCGUUGGAGAGCUUUGUCACUUCUUAUGGAUUUUGAUUUCAAUUGUAUUUCCCUUUUUCUCUAGGGUUUUUUCGUCAUCAAUUUCAGCAGCAGCAGCAUAAGCAUCAACAGAGAUAAUACUCGCUUUUAUGUAUUUCUUUUAGAAUUUCCGGAGAAGAAAAGGAAACAAUUCUCUAUUUUUAAUGGCUUAAAUCGUUCAUUUAGGAGAGCUUUUUUCUUUCUUUUUUUUUUUUUUUGGUUUUCUUUUUGCUUUAUUUGAUUGUUUGUUUUAUGUAGCUUAGAGUGUUAAGAAAAAUAGUAGAGGAUGAAUCACUGCGUUCCCGAUUUUGAAAUGGAAGACGAUUAUUCAAUCCCUUCAUCUUCUAGUUUAACUCGCCCUAAAAGACCUUCCAUGCCAGAGGAUGAAAUCAUGGAGCUGUUGUGGCAAAACGGUCAAGUUGUUAUGCAGAGUCAAAACCAAAGAUCUUUGAAGAAAUCUCCGCCGUUCAAAUUCCACGACGCCUACCAAUCAGCUUCCGGAGAGAUCCGACCAUCAUCAUCUCACCAAUAUCACCAUCAUCAACAACAACAACAGCAACCAGUUACCGAUCAUCUCUUCAUGCAAGAAGAUGAAAUGGCUUCGUGGCUUCACUAUCCUCUCAGCGAUGCCAACUUCGACCAAGAUUUCUGCACUGAUCUCCUCUAUCCUUCCUCCGCCGCCCCUUGCGUUACAUCCACCGCCGCAACCUCGGCUCCUCCUCCUCUUGGAAGAGUUUCUCAAGUUUCUGCUUCGGCUUCCGCUGUGGCGUCAGCUUCUAGGCCCCCGAUACCACCAGCAAGGAGGAAUGACUUGGAGUCGACGAGGAUCCAGAACUUCGUCCACUUCUCCAGGCAUAAAACGGCGAGGGCCGGGCAAUUUGGACCGUUGAAUUCGAAGAGUGUAGUGAGGGAAUCGACGGUCGUUGAUUCUAGCGAUACUCCGGCGAUGGCUCCCGAAUCGGGUGCCUCUCAGGCUGUGCCAAGCAACACCGAGGCGGCAUCUGGCAGGAACAACAACAAUACAUGCGCCAACAUGAGUACCACUGCAGUUACCAACACGCAAUCAGUUGGCGUCAGCAUGGGCGCCAGCAAAGACAAUUUAGCCACGUGCGAGGUCACGAUGAUAUCAUCACCCGGUGGCUCCAGUGCCAGUGCCAGUGCCAGUGCCAGUGCCAGCGCCAGCGCCGAACCGGCGACUCUAAAGGCGGUUCCGGCUGAGGACCGGAAACGUAAAGGAAGAGAACAUGACGAGGCCGAAUGUCAGAGCGAGGAUGCUGAAUUUGAAUUUGCUGACACAAAGAAACAAACGCAUGGAUCCACAUCUACAAAAAGGUCUCGUGCCGCGGAGGUCCAUAACCUCUCGGAAAGGAGACGCAGAGAUAGGAUAAAUGAAAAGAUGAAGGCUUUGCAACAACUUAUACCUCGUUGCAACAAGUCAGACAAAGCUUCAAUGCUGGAUGAAGCAAUUGAGUACCUGAAGUCACUUCAGUUGCAAGUUCAGAUUAUGUCCAUGGGUUGUGGCAUGGUUCCAAUGAUGUUUCCCGGUGUUCAGCAGUACAUGCCUACAAUGGGAAUGGGAAUUGGGAUGGGCAUGGGCAUGGAUAUGGGAAUAAGUCGGCCAAUGAUGCCAUUUCCCAAUGUUUUAGCCGGCUCAGCAUUACCAACACCAGCUGGUGCAGCUCAUUUGGGUCCAAGGUUUCCUAUGCCAGCCUUUCAUAUGCCACCACCGGUUCCUGCUCCUGAUCCAUCAAGAAUCCAACCAAACAAUCAAUCAGAUGCCAUGCUAAACCCGCUUGGCACGCAAAACCCAAACCAGCCACAGGUCCCAAAUUUUGCUGAUCCUUAUCAGCACUAUAUUGGUCUUCACCAGAUGCAAUUACCCCCUCCACAGAGUCAAGCAAUGGCCCAGCCAAGUUCCCGCAAACCAAGUACCAGUAGGGGAGCUGAGAAUCUUGAAAAUCACCCAUCAGGAUAUGCAAGGCAUUUGUAGAUUAAGCAUCUGACGCUAAAAGAACCUGGCUUUCAGACCAAGUGACACGAAACGAAAGCGCUAAAAUCUUGGCUGGCUAAAAUUUACAAGUCAAGGCCAGCUACAAUCGGACUGCUAGCAGAUUCUGUUAUUGAAUUCUGGUCGAGCGUUGCUUGUGUAUUCCUUCAGAAUCCAUAACAUAAAACGUUAAAGACAAGUCCUCUCGUGUAUUACAGGUUGAAAAUUCUUCGUGGAUUACUCCGGAAAGGUUCUUGCCUUUCUAAAGUUUUGUAGUGUAAGAGAAACAUCCUGUCUGGGACUUUUUUCAGUUAGCUCAUUUGUUAUAGCACAGCUAACAUGUAAUUAUUACACCACCAUAGAAAUAUUGCUCACCUUUGUAUGCCCUUUCCAUUUUCCCCAUAUUUCGUUAUAUAGUUUGUUUUCAAUUUGUGCAGAAUCUGAAAGAGGCUUAGACAGCAGAAUCUAGCAAAAAAUGAAAAAAACCAUCUUUGGCUUGGUGGGGAAUGUUGGUUGGUUGGAUGACUCUGGUUUGCUGACAACUUCCAUCUCCUUUCUUCCAAGUUGUUUCUGAUUCUCGUAAUCGCCAUAGCCUUUAUUAUCAUUAAGAAGAGGCCUAAACCCAGCUAGCAAAAUUGAG